AGAUUCUCACUGUUUAAUGACACCAGAGCUGCACAGUUCUGGGUGUUGAUCAGAGAGCUCACUGUAGAGGAUUCUGGAAUGUACAAAUGUGCAGUUGAUAAAUUUGGCAUUGACAUCUACACACCAGUGGAACUGAAUGUAGAGGAAGAUCUGUCAUUCAAGAAGAGCAUCAGUGAGAUUGGUCAUGUAGGAGAAGGUGUGAACAUCAGCUGCACAUACCCACAAUCCCACAGCAGUGACCCCAAGUUUCUCUGUAGGAGAGUGGGCACUGUUAGCUGUAGUUAUAAAACAUUAGUUAAAGAGAGCAGAAGAUGGAUAAAUGAGGGAAAACUGUAUCUACAUGAUGACAGAUCAAAGCAGAUCUUCACUGUGAUCAUCAACAGUCUGACUGAGGGAGACUCUGGUGAAUACUGGUGUGGAGCUGAAUCAGACUGGACAUCUGAUCAUGGAUACAAGGUUUAUAUUACACAGAUCAACCUCAGAGUUACUGCAACAUCACCAUCAAACUCAACUCCACAGAUCACAGAAAGAACCUUCUCUUCAUCUACAUCUACAGUGAAUUCCCCACUUAAGACUUCAGCAGUUCCAGCCUCAACCCAAAGCCAAUCACUCAGAGGCUCCACCAAUGACCACAGAGUUUCUCUAUGUGACUCUGAGGAGGUUAAAGACAUUUCAACCUCAGAUGCUGGAGUUUCCACAGUCUACUCUACUGCUCAGCCACCUACAAACCCCUCAGAACCUUCUCAAACUGUUGAUGAUGAUGUGCAGUUAACCUCAAGCAGUGAUUUCUCAAAUUCCAUUUAUUCCGCAGCUCAGUUACCAUCAAACUCUCCUGAUCAGGACAUCUACUCCACAGCUCAGUUACACACAAUUCUCUCUGAUUCCUUGGCAAGUGCCACUCAGCAUUCAGCUGGAAAAUCUGCUGAAGGUCCAACAUACGCAACCGUGAAUUUCAGGCAGAAUGCAGAUAGUUCUACUGAUGCUGUUACCACAGCAACCAUCAACAAGGAGAACGACUCAUGUGACUAUGCUACAGUCAAAUGUUAG